UUUUGUUCUUCUAGCUUAUAGAGUAGAGUUUAAUCAGUUAAAAAGUGCAUUUUCACUGUUUGUAACGAGUGAAAAUCACUUUGCUUGGAAUUGGCAGGUUUGUUGAAGUAUUCUCGUAACUGGCGUUUGUGUAAGAGAUCUUUCAUUUUAGGAUACUUUAAAGACAGUAUUCACCUCGAAAAUGCCCAAAUUCCGUCAGACUAAACAGGCUGUGAAUAGAUCCCCAAGUACUGGACUUCAUACAGAUACUUUGAUUGCUCAAAGAUACGUUAUCCAGAAAAAGCUUGGUAGUGGAAGCUUUGGCACAGUAUUUCUAGUUUUAGACAAGAAGGUUGGAAAAGAAGAAGAAGAGCUGAAAGUGCUGAAAGAAAUUUCUGUUGGUAAUCUGAAGCCAAAUGAAACAGUCCAAGCCAGUACAGAGGCACAAUUACUCUCCAAGCUAGAUCAUCCAUCCAUUGUGAAGUUCUAUUCAAGCUUCUUGGAACAAGAUAGUUUCUGUAUUGUCACAGAGUACUGUGAGGGCAAAGACCUUGAGUGCAAGAUUGAAGAGUAUAAGAAGGCAGGACAAUUAUUUCCUGAAAUCCAAAUAAUUGACUGGUUUCUUCAGCUCUUGCUUGGAGUUCACUACAUACAUAACAGAAAUGUCCUUCACAGAGACCUAAAGACAAAGAAUAUUUUUCUGAAGAACAGUCUGAUUAAAAUUGGUGAUUUUGGAGUGUCUCGUCUCCUGAUGGGAUCGUGUGACUUGGCUACUACUUUUACUGGGACACCAUAUUAUAUGAGUCCAGAGGUACUAAGACAUCAAGGCUAUGAUUCAAAAGCUGAUAUAUGGUAA